UGAAAAUGGUUAGUCUUAGCUGGUGUUGGAUUAUGGUUGAAUCAAUAGUAAUCCCCAAUGGAUUCUUCAUGAAAUGGUUUUACUUGAGCUUCUAUAUCCAUCCUUCUUUUCUUGCACUUCUCCAAAUUUUCCUUUGGAUCACAAAGCUAUACACCUAUCUUCUAUCCUUCUUAGUUUUUGUUUCUAAAAUCUCCAGUUUUGUUAUCACCAAAACCCUCAGCUUCUUCAACCGUUGCUUCUGCAACAACCAAAGCCCCAGCACAAUCAUUAUUCCAACUACUUAUGGAUUCAAAACAAGCUUAUCAGUAGUCAAUAUUUCUGCGGUGAAAAUCUACCAAGAAGAAGAAGAAGUUUGUCAUGUUGUCCUAUCAAGUUGCAGCUCGAAUUCAUCGACCUCGGGGUAUGCAUCUGAUGGGAUAUUGAAUGAUCAGUUUUGGGCAUCUUCUUGUAGCGAAGAAGAAGAAGAAGAAGAAGAUGAUCAUGUCUUACUAUCGAGUUGUGGCUCGAAUUCGCCUGAAAUGGGGAUGAGGACUGAUCAGUUUCUGGUAUCAUCACCAGCUUGGAGCUCCUCAGCCGCUGAAGAAUAUGAAUUUGAUGAGAUAAUGGCUGCUGCAGGUGUUUGUGACUUAAUAAAUUCGCCACCUGCAGCCAUGGGUGAUGAUGAGGAAACCAAUAUUGAUGAUGAGUAUAAUGUUGGUGAAGAUGACGAUGAUGAUGAUGAUGAUGAUGGUCACCAGCUCUAUCAGGAAGUAACAGAUCCAUUCUACAAUGCAUAUUUACAAAAAAUGAAAUGGUUUGAUGUUCUCAAUCAUGAUAGAUUUUUCGCUACAAAAGCGAUGAUGAAUGAGAAGCAUAUUGCAGCAAGAAGGGUAGGGAAGAGCUUAGAGCAUGAUUUAGAGUUAGUUUAUGUGUCGCAGUCAUGCUUGUCAUGGGAGGCCCUACAUCAUCAGUUCACAAAGGUUGAGGCUGCUCAUAGUCAUAUGUUGUUGUUCCACAACAGCGUUGCAGAAAGAUUCCACAAGUUUCAGAUUGUGUUGGAAAGGUUUCUUGAAGAUGAGAGGUGUAGUAGUAGUGGAGGCACAACAAGGCAUUCUAAUUACAUCCAUUCAAAAUACUCUCUCCAAACUCUACUCCUUGUUCCUCAACUCUCAGGGUACCAUAAUGGAAAAAUGUCGAAUGAAGGCAUUAAAGCAAUUGAAGUGUUGAAGGCGAUAGAAAAAUGUAUAACCACGUUUUGGUUAUACGUGAAGGUGGAUACCAAGAAAUUAGGAUGGAGUAGGCCGGUCCUCGAAGACCCAAGAGAUUUGGAUCUUCUACAUGCCUUAACCAAGUUAUUACGAAAGAAGGAGGCAGCGUUGAAAAGAGUAGAAGGAAAAAGGAGAUGUUGGUUGAGGAGGAGAAGAGCAGUGCAUAUGCAGGAGGAGGAGAACACAGAAUUAAUAUGUAGAAAGAUAGAGAUGAAGUUGAUUGGGAGGGUGCUGAAGCUUCCCAUCAUCUCCACUUCUCACCUCCAAUGGUGUCAACACAAGCUUAGUAACUUAGAGUUCAACAAAGAUGGAAGCAUAAUUAGGGCAUACAAUGCCUUCUUGUUUCCUUCUUGAAACUAUCAUCACUCUUCUUCUCCCAAAAGGUUGAAUCCCCAACUCGACGGUGACUAAAUGACUCAACCGACAACGUAAAAUGCUGGUGCCCACAAGGGAUAUGUUCACUUUGA